GCCACACGUCACGGCAGUAUAUAGGCUACCAGACGCUCCAGCGAAUGUCGUCGCUGUCAUUUGCCUUGCCUGGAACUCGUAGUGAAGAUGGUAUCCACGGGCAACAGGCAGCAAUGCCAGAUCAUUACUGCCACCGGGGCUCUCUUUCUGGCAGUCGGCGGGAUUCUUCUGCUCGUCCUGCCCUCUGAAGACAUCAAAGGGUCACCAGGCUUUAUGUAUGGAAUAGUUCUGGAUGCUGGAUCCUCUCAUACGUCCAUGUUCAUCUACAAAUGGCCAGCAGAUAAGCAGAACGGCACUGGCAUUGUCAGUCAGCACAGCGAGUGCCAUGCAAAGGGAGGUGGGAUCUCAAGUUAUGCUGGUGUCAAAGGAGGAGCAGCAAGAAGCCUUAAGGAAUGCAUGGAUAAAGCCAUGAGGGAGAUUCCAACAGUUAGAUACAAACACACUCCUGUGUAUCUCGGGGCCACAGCGGGCAUGAGACUACUAAAUAUUUCUAAACCCAAAGAGUCAGCUGAGGUUUUGAAGGAAGUGGAAGAAAAACUGAAGAGCUACCCAUUCAGUUUUAAAGGAGCCUCCAUCUUAACUGGACAAGAGGAGGGAGCGUACGGAUGGAUCACAGUCAACUACCUGCUAGAGAACUACAUUAAGUAUGGUUUUGUGGGUCAGUGGAUUACUCCAGGCAGAGAUACAGUUGGUGCGCUGGACUUUGGCGGAGCGUCUACUCAGAUCACCUUUGUGACAAAACAGACCGUGGAGAACAAGGAUGACCUGAUGAAACUGCGGCUGUACGGGCGAGACUACCAGAUCUACACUCACAGUUUUCUGUGUUACGGACGAGAUCAGGUUUUGCUCCGACUGCUGGCACAUCUGAUCACGAUUCAGGGUUCAGACACAUCUAUAAUCCACCCCUGUUAUCCUGCAGAUUACAGCAGCUCUAUAAAGCUGAGCAGUGUGUUUGAUACUCCAUGUGUUGAAAAACAAACUUCUUACAAUCCUGAUGGUGAGCUGCAAAUAAAAGGCACCGGAAACUACAAUCAGUGUCUUGGAAAUGUGUCUCAACUUUUCUCCUUUAGCAGCUGCUCUUAUUCCAAAUGCUCUUUUGAUGGAGUCUUUCAGCCCAACAUUACUGGAAACUUCAUGGCAUUUUCAGCAUUUUUCUACACACAUUCCUUUCUUCAGGAAGCCACAGGCAUCAAAAUCUGGACUCCAGCUCAUUUAGAGGACGCUGCUCGUGUGAUCUGCAAUAUGAGCUUGCAGGAGAUGGGAAAGAAGAGUCAGGAUAAUGAAAGCCGUCUGAAGGACUACUGUGCGGUCUCUGUGUUUGUGCGGGCACUCCUGGUCAAUGGAUACAGUUUCAACGAUCGCACCUUCCCACAAAUCUCCUUUCAGAAGAAGGCAGGAGACACGUCUGUCGGCUGGUCCCUCGGCUACAUGCUAAGCCUAAGCAAUCUGCUGCCUGCCGAAAACGUUGCACUGAAGAAAUCGCUGCGCUCAGGAGCCUGGAGUUUUCUCAUCUUCCUCUUUUCCAUCCUCCUUACCUCAGCACUAAUCUUUCUGUUUCGAGCAAUCUGCCAUAAAAACAAAGAUGAUGUCGUUUGAUAAUGCGCUAUAUUUGUACUUAUGUACAGUUUAUCAUUAUGCACAGUCCUUGGUGAGGAUUCUUUCAUUUACAGUACUCUGAAAACUACACGGAUGUAUAAAAAACAUUUCAUCAAUAAUCCAUUUCUUAUGAAGCACUUUUUAUAUGUAUUAUAGUUUUGUAAGAGGCGACGCGGUGGCGCAGUAGGUAGUGCUGUCGCCUCACAGCAAGAAGAUCGCUGGUUUGAGCCUCAGCUGGAUUAAUUGGCAUUCCUGUGUGGAGUUUGCAUGUUCUCUCCACGUUUGCAUGGGUUUCCCUCCAGAUGCUCCGGUUUCCCCCACAGUCCAAAAACGUGUGGUAUAGGUGAAUUGGGUAGGCUAAAAUUGUCAGUAGUGUAUGUGUGAAUGAAUACCCGUGUAAUGAGACAGAAAACAGGUCAUGGAUUUAUUAGUGCAAAUUUUUUUUUUUUUCAUCUCACACCUUGUCAAUUCAUGCGCUUUCUCUGAUCAGAGCCUUGUAUUUAUUAGAUUCCAUUUAUAAUUGCCCACAUAAAUGUGUCUCUGCUAAACGGAUAUAUCCAAUAUUUAAAUCCAAUGCUAUAUGCCAGUGUUUCUCAACCACGUUCCUGGAGGACCAUCAAUACUGCAUAUUUUGGAUGUCUCCUUUGUCCGACACAUCCAUCACAGAUCUUUCAGUCUCUCCUAAUGAGCUGAUGAUCUGAUCAGGUGUGCUUGGUUAAAGAGACACGGAAAAUGUGCAGAGCUGGUGGUUCUCCAGGAGUGUGGUUGAGAAACACUGCUAUAUGCAAAUAUAACUAGGUUACCUUGCUUAAGAUACACUUUCUACAUAUAUAUUUACAAAAAUUCAAAUUAUACAUGUUAUUUCGCUUACAAAUCAUUUCAUACGUAGGCUACUGGAGGUUUUUUUACUCAUGCUCCAGUAAAACACCACCACAAGUGCACAAAGUGGGCUACAUGAAUACUGUUCACUAAACAUCUGUAAAUAAAACAUGUAUUUCUACCGUAUUGACAGAAAACUGUAAUGGAUUUUCAUUAAUUUGUGCAUAACCUUUACUCUCACAGCCUUUGUAAAUGAAAGGAAUGCUAUAUUUUUCUAUUAUUUUACACUCUGUUCAUAGAGGAGCUAAAGGUGCAUGAUGCAUCUCUGCUGGUAAUGCUGUCAUUCGAAUGGAUAUUAUUUAGACAUUCCAAUUUUGUCAUUUAAUGGUCAAAAAUAAAAUUAAAUGUAAAAAAUAAAGCAAAACAAACAUCCCAACCUGCCAUCUGUGGCAUUGUUGUUGGGUGUCUUGUAUUUGCGCUGUUAUAUCUGACACCGUAAUAAAGCACGCUCUCACAUUUUAUUUAUUUUUUACAUUUUGGGAGAAGAAAAUGUGUACAUAAGUAGUUUCAACAACAAGAGGCAUUUAGAACUGUCCAGUUUUAUCUGGAAUGUGUCAGAGUAGUUUGAGUGCCAGCAAGCAUUUUUUACUUUUAGAAGACGUCUCAUGGAUGUCUAAUUGACAUCUAACAUAGUCUUGACUAAAACAAGGCUAAAUAUGGUCUGUCAGUGAAAAUCUAAUAGACGUCUAAUAGGCCAAAACUAGACUAGUCAUCAAAUAAACAGAAAUGAAUGACUACACAUAUUAAGUCUACUGGCGACUAGUGUAGUUUUGGGUUAUACUUAGAUGUCUAUUAGAUUUUCCUUACAGCCCAAGCCUUGUUUUAGCCAAGCUGUCUACAUUUAGAUGUCUAUUAGACGUCUUUUAAACACACAACUGUUUGCUGGGAUCCGUCUCGAAUGCAUUUCUGAGGGCAUUUACACCAAUCUUUCUCAUAAUUAGAUACUGUAGCCAUCUGAUGAGAAAAAAAUGCAUGAAGUGCCCUAGCGUAAACAGCCUUAUAGAUGUGUUUUCUCUUCUCAUAAUGUUGAAUGUAUAUUUUUAGAUACAAUUCUGUGCCUUACACAUUUAUACACUGAUGCAACGUUUUUAUAGACUUUCUUUAUGAUGUGUCUCAUCUGCUGUAAUACAAAGUCAAGGCACUGAAAUCAUGCAAAAGAAAUAUCUUUCAAAUGUAGCUGUGCAAAUAAUGAUUUUGAUUUGAAAACUGCUUGCUUCUGUUUUUUUAAUAUAAAUAAUUGAAUGUGCUUACUACUUUUCUGUCAGAUAUUUUGUAUUUUAUCUGAAUAACAUUGAAUGUUUUGGGCUUUGUUAAAGCUAUAUGCAAGUGCACAAAUAUUGAUGGUUAGCAAAUAUUGAUUAUUAUUCUUGUGUUACAUAGAUUUGUAUCUAAUCGAAUGCUCUCUAUAAUAAGAAUGUUUCUCCCUCAGUGUUGCCAGCUACAAAAGUGCAGGCAGAAAAUCGAGUUCAUGUUUGUUAGAGUAUGAUUAAAGAUACAAGUCUGUUUAAAAA